GAUAUUUCUUGGUUACACUUAAUAUAGAGUACCAUGUUGUAUUAUAAUUAUUUAUUUAUACGACCGCACAAUCGGUUUGUUCAUCAUUUGAGUUCAAAGAGUGUAGGCAAAACAUAAUAAAAUAAAAUAACAUAUUAUGUAAUAAAAAUAAAGAGAUAAAUAAUAAUUGUUUUUUCUUCAAUAACAAUAUGGAAUUCGAUAAUGGUACAAAUGACUUUCAGAUACAAUCGAAUCAAUUACACGAAGCGCCUCUGAAGAAAAGAAUCAGAUCGGGUGCUAAUGCUAGAGAACGAGAUCGAACUCAAAGUGUAAACUCGGCUUUUGAUGUUCUACGGGCCAUGAUACCUAUUGAUCCUCCCAACCGCAAACUAUCUAAAAUAGAAACAUUACAAUUAGCCACGAAAUACAUUAGUCAUCUGUCUCAGAUCCUAAAUUCUGGAGAAGACAGUGAACAAGAACACAGUUUCUACGAUGUAUGUAUAUUUUGUUUAACAAAUAGAAUUAAUUCUUGAAUAGUACACAAAAAACUCUUUACACAUUUCACCAAAAUGUAUUUA